AUGGCCAACAAUAGCGCCAGAAAUAUAUUUGCUGAUUAUGAAUAUAGUCAAACACACACAUACAUCUAUCUAUCUAUCUAUCUAUCUAUCUAUCUAUCUAUCUAUCUAUCUAUCUACUUGCAUUGGUCAGUUCAUAUACAAGUAGCACAUAGUGUUGAUAUCUAUCUAUCUAUCUAUCUAUCUAUCUACUUGCAUUGGUCUGUUCAUAUACAAGUAACACAUAGUGUUGAUAUCUAUCUAUCUAUCUAUCUAUCUAUCUUUAUUGUCUGUAUCUAUAUCUAUCUAUCUAUCUAUCUAUCUAUCUACUUGCAUUGGUCUGUUCAUAUACAAGUAACACAUAGUGUUGAUAUCUAUCUAUCUAUCUAUCUAUUUACCUCUCUCUAUCUCUGUAAAUAUUUAUUUCAGUCUGUUCAUAUCUAUCUAUCUAUCUAUCUAUCUAUUACCAUUCAUUCUCUCUUACUUUCUCUGUCAAUACUUAUUUCAAUAUAUCUAUCUAUCUAUCUAUCUAUCUAUCUAUCACUAUUCACCUCUCUAUCUCCGUCAAUACUUAUUUCAGUCUGUUCAUAUCUAUCUAUCUAUCUAUCUAGCUGCCUCUCGAUCAUUUUAUAUACAGCUCAAACACACAAACACAUCUAUCUAUCUAUCUAUCUAUCUAUCUAUCUAUCUAUCUACUUGCAUUGGUCAGUUCAUAUACAAGUAACGAGUGUAACAUGA